AUGUCACAAUCAACCCAAAACCCCGAUAACCCAUCAUCCGAGUCCCUGUCCCUCUCCGCAUCGAUAUUCUACUCCUCUAUCGAUUCCUGGAUACCACACAAUUUCGGUAUCUCCAGUUCAUCCCAGUCCAAGAAAGACGAGGGGUUGACGAACCUACUAAGACCAGAUAUAAGGGGACAGACCGAAGAUCGUCUAGGUCUAGGACAUCCAUUAUUGGACAACCCCAAUGCUAGUAGGCAGAUACAGCGGAAUGGGUUAGUCGGGCUGAGUAAGAAGUUGAACUUGGAGAAGAAAAAAGGUAAAGAAAAGCAAGAGGUGCAUGGUAAUGGAGUUCCUCAUGAAGACGAUGAGGAUGAAGAUGAGGAAGAAUCGAAGUUCAAAUUAUCAAAUCAGAAUAAAAGAAAGGUGAAUGCAGUAGACCCAUUUAGUACAGGCAAGGGGAAGAAGAAGAAAGAUCCUUUCUCUACGGGGAAUAGCAACAGAACUGUGCUACAUCCUGCCAUCUUAGCUCAGCAGAUAAACAACAAGAACGAUUCGAAGGAAGAUGAAGAUGAAAGUGAAGAAGAGGAUGAACCACCUUUCCCACUCCCAUCUAGGCAUACCACCCCCGUACAGAUUCCACCGACAUCUUCUCCCGGCGGAUCAGGGAUAUUCCCAUACGACGGACCUAGACCAUUCGGAUCGCCUGUAAAGUCGAAAAAUUCCAAACGAUUUUUAGCAAACGAUGACGAGGAUGAACAAGGCGAGAAGGACGAGUCCGAUCCACAGGUCAAUCAAGAUGGUGAUCAAGUCAAGGUGAAUGAAUCUGGAUCUCAGGAAUCACCGGCCAAGUCAAAAUCGGCGAUGAGGAGGGAGAAAAGGAAACGAGCGAAAUUAAACAAUGCGUCAAAGGAAUGA